CAUUUUGUGGACGUUGAAUCUGCACCAUGACCCUUGAAGGUUAUAAAAAGGCCUCAGGCCUCCAUAAGGACUGAUCAGGACGACAUACUCUCUACUUUCACUGGAUUUUCAUGGCGACACUUUCUGUGCCAUCGAUUCAUUGCGAGUCAUGCGAAAAGUACAUCAAAACGCUGUUGUCCCCUCUUUCACUCGGUUCGCUCGAGGUCAGCCACAUCAAGCGGACAUUGUCCUUUUCUGUCGCUGAGGGCAUCGACGCCACUCCCCUUGAUUCGCUGCUCCCUACGGUGUGCCGCACACUCUAUGAAGCUGGAUAUGAGCCAAGCGGUGUUUAUAAUCGCGCAACUGCGAGUAACCUGGUCCAUCGUCUGUAUGGUUCUUUCUUCGGCGGAAACAGGAUGAGGCGCAGAAGUCACCUUCGUCAUUGUUUCGCAUGCCAGCAGGAGAGCUUUCAGGGCUCGGCUUCAUCCGUGCCUGUAUUACUAGACGUAAAGGUUGAUGACCCCUCCGAGGCUCAAGUUCAGGAAACUCGCAUCUCAAUUGAAGGCAUGACCUGUUCGUGAGUUUUCCUGGGCACUGCAAAUGAGGUAGAUGCGCCUCACCUCUAGUAACCAGCUCAUGUACAGCCACGGUAUCUCAGAUUCUCAACGAUCUUCCUGGGGUAUCAAACGC